UGUUCAGUGUUAAAGGCUUGAAAAGCAAAAAUAACUUUCGAAUUUAUAACAUUAGUUUCCUUUACAGACUAAUGAAUAUCGCAGCGCAGCGCAAAUGAGCGCACGUUUUUUACCAUCUUUAGUUCAUCUACCGCCACAGCCGCAGUACGAAAGAAGACACAGCAGUGUCUGGAUGAAUACCGUUAAUCCAGUGACAGUGCUAAAGAAGUUACCGAAAUGAAUUUUAUAAUUACAAAAUUGAUGUGGCAAAAUGGGACCCGGAUAAACCAGUACUUAUUCGCCGUUAUAAUAACAAUCCCGCUACUCAGCUUUGGAAUGGUCCAAGGCUGGCUGUCACCGAUGCUCUCCGUCCUCCAGUCCUCAGAAGGACCAGCUCCGGAGCCGUUCAGCAGCACCGACAUAUCUUGGAUGACAUCUGUUACGUAUAUCACCGCAAUCAUAUUUGGUGCGCCUAUGGGCUACCUCACUGAUAGAUAUGGCAGAAAGGUCAUGACCCUUAUAACGACCUUUUCGCUAAUCUUAUACUGGCAAAUCAAACUGCUAUCACUGAAGCCAUGGGCGCUUAUUCUUGCCCGCGCCAUCGCUGGUAUACCUUGCUCAGCGUGUUACAUCGUUCUGCCUAUUUAUUUAAAAGAAAUAAGUGAUAUAGAUCUAAGGGGAGCACUUGGAUCGCUACUGAUAUUGAACAGAAAUAUCGGGUAUCUGGCCAGUUACGUAUUCGCUGACCUUUUGGAGGUGACACCGAUGCUAUGGAUGGGCCUUCUGGUGCCAACUGUGAUGUUCUUCAUCUUCCUAAUAAUGCCGGAGACACCGGAGUUCCUGGUCAAACAGGGCAAGAUAGAUGAGGCCAAAACUGUUCUGGCAUGGCUUCGCGGCGUGAGUGUGGUCGACCGAGCCCUAGAGCAGGAGAUCGAUGGCCUGGUGAAGGUUGAGAAACAGACCAAGGAAGAAGCAAAGAAAGUCUGGAAAAUAAUAUUGAAAGACAAGCCCACCUUCAAAGCAUUCAUAAUCACGCUGGUGAUCAAAAUCACACAACAGUUUGACGGAUAUCUCAUCGUCUUGAUAUACGCGGGCUUCGUGUUCGAGAAGGCUUCGGAGUCCAUCAGCCUCAAACUCAGUCCUAACAAGCAGGUCAUGAUGAUUGGACUUGUACAAUUGCUGGGUUCUAUCAUUGGCACUUGUAUCGUCGAAAAGACCGGACGAAAGCUCCUUCUCGUAACCACUUCAUUCGCAAUUGGAGUCGGUAUGCUGCUUCUCUCAGCGUGGUUUUACCUCACCGACAUUGGCACAUGGCUGCCGGGAUGGCUGCCAGUGUUCGCCAUGUGCUUCUGCAUCUUCGCUGAUGCUGCCGGAUUCCAGCCGAUUUCUUACAUCAUCAUAACUGAUCUGUUUACAUUCCAGCUCCGUGGAACAGUCUCAUCAUUCGCGAACAUCUGCGCGAAACUCAGCAACUUCGUCCAGAUGAAAUGGUUCAAUAAGGUCUGCGAGUUGAUCAGCAUACACUGGACUUUCCUAUUCUUCGCGUGCGUCUGUUUCUUCGCUUGCUUCUACACUCUCAUAGCAUUUCCGGAAACCAGGCAAAAGUCAGUUGAGGAGAUUUAUGAAAAACUUUCGAAUAGGAAAAAAGAUAAAAAAGAUACAAAAGAUGAGAGAAUAAAGGCUGUGCCGUAAUAAUGAUAUUGUAGUUUGUAGAGAAUUUUGCAUGGCAUUUUAGGAGAUUACGCUCGAAGGUUGUGAGAUAAAGUAUGUUAUAUGUAUUACGUCGAUUUUAAAAGACUUCCGCAUGUACGUCCACCAAUUAAUAAGAUUACUAAUAUAAAAAUAAUUCCAGCGUUAGAAUUUUUGUAAGGCUCUAUCAGUAGAUAAUUAAAAUGUCUAGAAACAGUGCUAUCCUUUUCUGUUGGUUACAGUGUGAAAAGGACAGUACAUACUACGUAAGAGCCUAUCAAUUUAGUUAGUGAAAUUUAUGUAAAACAGAAUCUCUACCACUCUCGAACUGAGGAAUAAAUUUUAGAUUAUUUAAGUUGCGGUAUGAAGAAUCUAUCGCAAUAUAAGUAUACGACAGUUAGGUUAUCUAAAGAAACUUUACUCUUAGUAAAUAAAUAUAUCUACUGAAAGUUCUCUUAUAUUCGUUUAUUUAUCAUAAAAAAAUAUUCUUUGAAACCAAAUUUGCAACAGUUUAGUGUUUAAAAUCGAUGGAAUAUAUAUAGAUUUACUAAUUAAAAUGUAUGUAUCUAUAGGAUUUAAUUAACUGAUAUUUUUAAUAUCAGAAAAUUGUACUAUGUCUUGGUAUUAUCCAUCCUAGAGGUUUGUGUUGAUAAAUGCAAAUCAAGACUGUUUUAGAAUAAUUCCAGAAUCGGAUGAAUCUCGUCACUUAAAAUUAAUUAAGUUGUAUAAUAGAGAUUUACUUUAAUAUAAUUAGAUAUAUUUUAAUUUGGUCAGUAGUAUUAGGUGUUCGUUAGGAAUUUUCAAAACCAUGUUUUUACGAUUCCACCCAAAAUCAUUUCAUGGAUUUAAAUAAUGUUUUAUUAAUUUAACAAUACUUGUUGAAUUUUUUGCAAGUUGCAAUACAAUUGUUUAUUACUUAUUAUAAUAUAAUUUUAUGCUCCACGUCAUACAGUUCUAGUUGCAGAGGAGGAAAUGUUACGAAAAAUAUAUCCUUGUUUUUGUUUUAAUUCGCUCCGCUCUGAUGAAACUAGAACUUUAACAAUCCAUUAUUACUUAUUAUGAGCAUGUGAAUCGCUUUAAUCAAGCUAUAUUAUUAAUUAUUAUUCAAACUAUCCACUUUUCUUUUAGUCAAACUACAUGAGAGUUAAAUACUGACCAGCCUUCUACUCAAAGCGAAAUAUUGUGACAUUUGUGCUAACCUAAGUUAUACCUAACUAUUUUAUGCACAAGUGAUAGAAAAGAUUGACAGCUAUCAUUCUUGUGCUAUCCUUUUCAUAUAGAAACACUGGAAAGGGAGAGCAAUAAUUUGAGAUCUGUCAGCUUAGAUUAGUCUAGUACCUACUUGAAUAUUAACAACCUCUCAGUAGAAGGUAGGCUUUAUGAUUUUACCAAUUGACCAGCCCUCUUAUUAAAACAAAUUAUAUAGUGUGUGUCUAGUAUAGGUCAAUAUUGUGUCUUCUUUCGAAUGUCAUAACUGAGACAGAAAGAGAGCAACAUGUAUUUAACUAUUUCUCACUUAAACAACAUCUCUACUUACAAGUUAAUACUGAGAUAUAUGAAAUAUAAAUUUAAAAUGCGUUAAUUUAUUGCGCCUGUUUCAUAAUAUUAGCAUUACACACCAACUGUUUUAAUUGCUCUUUUAAUAUUUUGAUUUGGUUUGGUCCCUUCCUUUUGGCAGGUUUUUAAUUGUGAAGAUAUAAACUAAUUGCACAAUACUUCCUGCUACGCAAUUUAGAACUGAAAAUUGAAAAUGACACCAGAACCACGGAUCGUCUCUGUAAGCGCCUAAUAAGUGUGGAUGGCGUAGGCACUAAUAUAAAGACUUCAAGGCUUGCUAAAACGGGCAAUUAUUGUGAUAGUGCACGGGCACGCCUUGGUUAGGCCUUAGUUAAGAAGUGUCAAGCACCAAGCCUUUUUAGGACGGGUGAGGUCGUUGCGGCUCGUUGCAGUUCGAAAAAAUGAAAAUAUUUGAUUUUUAAAUUUUUUUUAAUGCGUUGCGUUCAACAUCCCCUGCGUAUUUGGCCACGCGGGUAACACGUUUCCAAUUUCCAAUAAUUGCCACCACAGCAAAAAGUCUUACUUAUAAUCGUAUAAUAAUUAUCAAAUUAUAACACAGAUACACAGUAAAUACUUUAGCUUAUAUAUUUACUGUGACAGAAAAGCGAGAAUAAUUUGGUGCGUAUUGUGUAUGUGUAUAUAUAAUAAGCGUAAUCUUGUCUUUACUUUUAAGUAUUGGUAUAAGUAUUUAGUACCUAAGGUAAAUUAAUUAAUACAAAAUAUGAAUAAUUAUA